AUGUCUAUAGAAAUUGAAUCUGCAGAUGUUAUUCGUCUGAUACAACAAUACUUGAAGGAGUCUAACCUCACAAAAACUUUGCAAACAUUACAGGAGGAGACGGGUGUAUCAUUGAACACAGUUGAUAGUGUUGAUGGAUUUUGUGCCGACAUAAAUAAUGGUCACUGGGACACUGUGUUAAAAGCAACGGCAUCAUUAAAGCUACCAGAUAAGAAACUCAUGGAUUUAUAUGAACAAGUGGUGCUGGAGCUCAUUGAGUUACGUGAGCUUGGAGCUGCUCGCACAUUGCUGCGUCAAACACAGCCCUGCUUGCUCAUGAAGCAACAGGAGACGGAUAGAUACAUGCAUCUAGAAAAUAUGUUGGCUCGAUCGUAUUUCGAUCCUCGGGAAGCAUAUGGGGCAGGUGGUCCGGGUGGCGCGGCGGGGGCGGGAGGGGGCAAGGAGUGGCGACGCUCGGCGCUGGCCGCGGCGCUGGCGGGCGAGGUGUCCGUGGUGCCGUCCUCGCGUCUCCUGGCGCUGCUGGGUCAAGCACUCAAGUGGCAGCAGCAUCAGGGGCUCCUGCCGCCAGGAACCACUAUUGAUUUGUUCAGAGGAAAAGCUGCUAUAAGAGACGAAGAAGAUGAUCAAUAUCCCACACAAGUGUCAAAGAUUAUAAAAUUCGGUCAAAAAUCACAUGUUGAGUGUGCAAAGUUCUCCCCGGACGGCCAGUACUUGGUGACGGGGUCCGUGGACGGGCUGGUGGAGGUGUGGAACUUCACGACGGGCAAGAUCCGCAAGGACCUGCGCUACCAGGCGCUCGAGGAGUACAUGAGCAUGGAGGAGGCCGUGCUCAGCCUCGCCUUCGCCAGGGACUCGGACACGCUGGCGGCUGGCGCCAACGACGGGCGGGUGAAGGUGUGGCGCGUGGCCAGCGGACAGGUGCAGAGGAAGCUGGAGCGGGCGCACGCCAAGGGAGUCACGUGUCUGCAGUUCGCCAGGGACAACACGCAGAUACUGUCCGCCUCCUUCGACCGGACCAUCAGGAUUCACGGCUUGAAGUCGGGGAAGAUCUUAAAGGAAUUCCGCGGUCACACGUCCUUUGUGAACGAGGCCGUGUUCACUCCGGACGGACACAGCGUACUGAGCGCCUCCUCCGACGGCACCGUCAAGGUGUGGUCGGUGCGGUCCGGCGAGUGCACGGCGACCCUGAAGCCGCUGGGGUCCGGCGAGCCGCCCGUCAACUCGCUGCUGCUGAUGCCCAAGAACCCGGAUCACUUCGUGGUGUGCAACAGGACCAACACCGUGGUCAUCAUGAACAUGCAGGGACAGAUCGUGCGCUCCUUCACCAGCGGCCGGCGCGAGGAGGAGGGCGGGGCGCUGGUGUGCGCGGCGCUCGGGGCACGCGGCCGCCUCGUGUACUGCGCCGCCGAAGACCUCGUUCUGUACGCCUUCUGCGCCGCCAGCGGCAAGCUCGAAAGGACCAUCAACAUCCACGAGAAGGCGGUCAUCGGUAUGACGCACCACCCUCACCAGAACCUGCUGGCCACCUACAGCGAGGACGGCCUCCUCAAGCUGUGGAAGCCGUGA